AUGAAUGACCAAGAGCUAGACAACAUCAUAUCGGCUAUCAAAAAUCAGAUGCCAAAUGCUGGCUAUCGAAUGGUUCAAGGACAUUUGGUUUCUAUGGGUCUCCGUGUUCAGUGCUACUCGGUGCGAGGCCCUCUCUCCCUUGUCCACAUAGACACAAAUCACAAGCUAAUAAGGUACAAUGUUGUGAUCUUUGGUGGAGUGGAUGGCUACUCAAGGAAGGUCCUGUACUUGGAUGCAGCAACUAACAACAGGGCAAAAACUGCAUUCUCAUUUUUCCUGAGAUCAGCCCAGCUUCACGGCUUGCCAUCAAGGGUUAGGGCAGAUCAAGGAGUAGAAAACCUGGACAUUGCACAUUUCAGGUUUGCCACAAGAGGAACAGGGAGAGCGAGUUUCAUAUCUGGAAAGAGUGUCCACAAUCAGAGAGUAGAACGACUUUGGCGUGAUGUCUGGAUUGCAGUCACUAGCAAGUACCAUGAUGUUCUUCACUCACUUGAGGAGGAUGGCCUGCUUGACAUUUCAGAUGUCAUUCAUCUCUUUGGUGUCCACUACAUCUUUGUCCCUCGACUCCGAGCAGAUCUUGUCACCUUUGUUGGAGGAUGGAAUAAUCAUCCCCUCAGGACAGAAGGUGGUCUCACUCCUGAACAGCUCUGGUGUAUAGGACAUCUACAAGAGCUGGACGAGGGCGAGAGACUUGAGGAGCUUCAGGAUCCAGGCAUUGACUGGGAGAGUGCUGUACUGCAAGAAGAAUCUAACAGCACAGUUGUGGUUCCUGAAAUUGAAUGCCCACUGGAUGAGGAAACCCUGGAGGGACUUCAGAGAACAAUUAAUCCCUUGGAACAUUCAGAAUCUUACGGUCGUGACCUGUAUAUACAAUUCUUGCUACUGGUGUCAAACCAACAGUGACACUUAAGAUGGACGUGAAAGUCAACGCUCUUUUGUUCUCAAAUACUGGAUUUCUUUGCUGAAAGAUUACAGAUUACAAUUCAGAUUACAAGUAGACAAUCAAACAAAGCACUUGCUUAAUAUCUAUCAACGUAGGACUCUACACAAAGUUUUGAAGUCUUAUCAUUUUCAUGAAACAGCUACGAACAUCUUAACAGCUAAUGUUUAGAAACAUUUUUACUCAUUUAGUUUCCAAAUUACAAGACAACAAUGUGUUAAACACUGUGGAAUCCACCACCAUAUCUAACUGCUGCACUCAUUAUGGUUUUAAACAUUGUGUACGUGUCCAGAUGCUGCACUGGAAAAGUCACAGUACAAGUGCAUGCACUCACAACUGGGUAACAAAUUGAGUGAUCUCCCAGCCGCUCCUUACAUUCGUGGUCAAACUUGCAUGUUAUUUUGAAAUGUCUCUUUUCAUCA